CCCUUACCCCCCCCUCUCUGAGAGCAUCUCUUAAAGAGGGGUCGCGUUGAUCGGCUAUCGCACGCAUCGUUAAUUCUCCCUUACUUAUUUUUUCCCCACGUGGAAAAAGACCAUCGUGGGCUUUAACAUUUAAUCUUAACUGCCUACAGCAACGUUUUCUCCAUGCCUAGUUUAGGAGGUUUGCUGAAAAAACGGCGAACGAAAGAUUCGCAGACCCUCUCCAAAGAGCUUGAAGCCGGUUCGGCCCAGACGCAGACGUCACCAAACGCUGCCGAAGACCACCACAACCACUUCCACCACCACCACCUCUUCCACCACCACCAUCAACCCCAACCCGCCACCAAUUCUAGCUCUACUACGAAUCCCCCCGCUCAGCCUCAAAAUUCCGUUCCUCAACAACAGCCCAAUCGGUCUUCGGGUGCAGACAAAUCCUCCGACGGUCAGGUAGCCUCCAUGCAGUCCGCUGUGACGCAAGCCUCGCCGUCUGCCCAUACCUCUGGCCUCCCGCAGCCCAAUGCCAAUGCGGCUAGUAUACAGAAUAUAAUCCAUCCCUCCCAGCAAGGCGCCAUGCAUUCGGCUUCCAGCGGUCAUGCGCAGUCUCACCACGCCGCUCGCAGUGAUGCCCGCACCACCAAAGGGAAAUACUCUCUGGAUGACUUCACCCUUCAGCGCACCCUCGGUACCGGUAGUUUCGGUCGCGUGCACUUGGUGCAGUCGAAGCAUAACCACCGCUUCUAUGCCGUCAAGGUGUUGAAGAAGGCGCAAGUGGUCAAGAUGAAACAGAUUGAGCACACCAACGAUGAGCGCCGCAUGCUGAACCGCGUCAGGCAUCCAUUCCUAAUCACAUUAUGGGGUACAUGGCAGGAUUCCCGGAACUUGUACAUGGUCAUGGACUUCGUAGAGGGUGGUGAACUCUUCAGUCUGCUCCGCAAGUCACAGCGGUUCCCCAACCCCGUCGCCAAGUUCUACGCAGCGGAAGUCACUCUUGCCCUGGAGUACCUCCACACGCAGAACAUCAUCUAUCGGGAUUUGAAGCCUGAGAACUUGCUGCUAGACCGACACGGCCAUUUGAAGAUCACCGAUUUCGGUUUUGCCAAAGAGGUGCCUGACAUCACAUGGACCCUUUGUGGUACACCCGACUAUCUCGCCCCGGAGGUGGUUUCCUCCAAGGGCUACAACAAGUCCGUUGACUGGUGGUCCCUGGGUAUCUUGAUCUUUGAGAUGCUGUGUGGUUUCACACCUUUCUGGGACAGUGGCUCCCCGGUCAAGAUCUACGAGAAUAUCCUGCGUGGCAGAGUAAAAUACCCGCCCUACUUGCACCCGGACGCUGUUGAUCUGCUGUCGCAACUCAUCACGGCUGAUCUGACCAAGCGCCUUGGAAACCUCCAUGGCGGAUCCGAUGAUGUCAAGAAUCAUCCUUGGUUUGCCGAGGUCACCUGGGACCGUUUGGCCCGCAAAGAUAUUGACGCUCCUUACGUGCCUCCCAUCCGCGGUGGUCAAGGAGACGCGAGUCAGUACGACCGCUAUCCGGAAGAAACUGAACAGUAUGGCAUGGCUGGUGAAGACCCACACGGCCAUUUGUUCCCAGACUUUUAGUGUGUGCUAUGAGUUAUGAUGGAAUGAUUGUCUCGCUACCGAGAU